GUUUCGACGAUAAAAAGCUCGUACUAUACAGCUGUAGAAUUCCUUAGUCUCAGCUGUAUGUCCUUACUGUUAAGCUUAGUACCAACGUUGCCCCAUCCUUGUACAGCGGCAGUGCAACAAGAACACGUCGCAUGCCAAUGCAGUCUCCAUGUUCAUGCGUGGAACUGUACGCGAAGAAAGAACACCAAUACAGCAGCAGAAGCUCAACGCUCGGCGAGUCGUAGCCGUCAGAUGCCGCCAGCUGGACCAGCGGGAUGCUCCACGUCGGUUCCAGUCACAAGCACGCUGGAAAGCAAGCUGCACCGUGGCAUCCAAGCAGGUGGAGCCAAUCGUCGUCGAACGCCAAGAUCCAGAGACCAGGGGACGGGUCAAUGAUGCCGUUGUGCAAAAACUCGAACGUCCACUCGCACAAAAUCGUCGGCCGGGGGAUCGCCGCUAGAUGGACGAGCAGUGCGCUGAAGGCAAUUCUACCGAAGGCAGCCGGACGAGUGGAUGGCCUACACGUCGGACGCACUUACAUGUAUGCGUGGUGGCUGUUGAGGGGGGCCACCAUGUGGCUCAAGGAGGAUGCGUCGAUGGUGGUGCUGUUGGCAGCUUGCAGGCGCCGAUUCGGAGGAUGCCAGACGCGUGCAGUUGGGGAAGAGGUCGCUUAGCUGUGUUGAGUGAGCUGGCGUAGUACAGGGUGG